AUGUUCCCAGAUGCUAGUGGUAGGAAUGAUAACUUGAGAUUAAUGCAGUUGGACGAAAAUUUACUCAAGGAAAUUGAAGCUGGGAACGGAUUGGUAUUUAAAGGAGACCCAGACGAAAAUGUUGUUAUGUGCACAGAAAAUAAAACGUACGACGUUAAGGAAGCCGAAACCUCUAACAGUCUUUUGUUAGUUCCUGAUUUGCUGUACGCUGCAUCGACAGGCGGAGAUGAAGUAUUGGGUAAUAAUUCAAUGGAAUGUGAUUCAGACACAUCAUUUGAUAAGUCAAAUAAUAGUCUAAAUAAAUCAAAUGAUUCAGAUGACGGAACAAGAGAGCCCAGAAAGGUAGAAUUUAAAGAUGUUGUUAAUACGUUUUUCACUUAUUAUGAAUUAAAACCAUGUAAACCUCGAUUAUCGAAAUUACGGAAACUUCUAGAAGCAACCUUAUAUCAAGGUCCAGAGCUGGAAUAUGCAGUUGACAAAUCCAAGCUUGUUGAUUAUGAUGCAAUUUAUGAGCAGGUGCAGGCAUCUCGAGCAGAAAUAGACAUGGAACUUGAAAAAAUACAGGCGGUAAAAAUUAAUGACCACUAUCGAUUACUUGAUUUUGAUUACGAAUUUAGAGUUCUCUCGUACAUGUUAGAUCUGAUAGAAGAGAAUUCGUGGCCUUUGAAUAGGAUAUCGAAAAAAAUAACCUUUGACAGUUUAAAAGAUCUCGUACCUCUAGCUGUGUUAGAAGCCUUAUUUAAAUUUUACACCAUUGAAACAUAUAAAGAAGAAAAUGUACAGUAUUAUCAGUACAAACAAGAUAAAGUAUGUAGAUUUUUAGCGAGAGUUUUGUUGAAGAGUGCUGGAAAAUUUAAUUAUGCAGAGUUUCUGCAGGCGUGGCGAGACUCAGUGCCAGAAGGAAUGACUACUGACGAAUCUUUAUUAUCCGGAAUAGCUAUUGUAGACAAAAGUAGCACGCCCCAAGUUGUGUGGGGCUUUUCCGAGAGCGAUCUUCCGGACGAUAUAAACGAAAGAUUCAAAAUCUUGUUUCGGACCAAAGCGAAAUGGACUGUAGAUGAAAUAUCACCUUACAUAGAAUCUUAUGCAACCGAGAAACUAAACGUGAAUGCAUUGCUAACGAAAUAUGCUAGAGCAUCGACCCAAAACGGUGUCAGAGUUUUUUCUGCAAAGCAUAUGAAAUAG